CAUUUCUCGAGGAAAUCUCGACGCGUUAAUUUUUUCCUGGAACUUAUUUAACCACAGCUUUACUUGGGUUUUCACUCUUCUGUUUCGAUCGAAUGGAAACUCGGGACGAUUUUACAGCCCGUGAAAAUGUCGUAAAUCCUGAUGAAGAUAUCACGGAUGAACCCGUAACUCAAAGAAACCUCGAAAAUAGGAGCGAAUCAGGAAAUGGAUCAUUUCGCCCGCAAGUUCUGGGAUCCCUGCACCAUGUCGCGACAGGGAUUUAUGCCGGUUUUUGCGGCGAAUACACGAGUGUCGCCAUUCCAUCCUUUCUUGCCGAUCCAAGAGCGCAAAAAUUGGCGCAGAGCGAAGUUGCAGCAAUCGUUAGCACGUAUUACGCCGGAUUGAUCGUUGGUUACUUUUUCGGGGCUUUUGUCGCGGAGAAGUUCUCGAAACGCGUUUUCCUAUUGGCGACUUUCUUGCCAAUGGCUGCCGCUUGGCUGCCAUUUUGCUUCGUGACGAAUCUUCCUUUAAUGAUCAUCGCCAGAUUAUCUCAAGGGACAAUUUUGGGUGCGAGGACAAACGUGAGCCACGCAUUUGUAUUGGAAAUCACGGACGAACGGAGCCGGAACUGGGCGAUUUCCUCCUUGGCCUUGGCCGUCAGCGUUGGAACCCUGGUUACCUCUUUGCUAGGUGGCUGGUUGCGCUGGGACCACAUCGGGAUGAUAGCCUCCGUGUCUAACCUGUUGUUUUUGCCAUUUGUGGCCCGGGUUCCGGAUUCGGCCCUUCACUGGUUACGAGUGGGCGACGAACGAAAGGCUCGGAACAGCCUGCUCUACUAUCACCCUCAAGCCAAAAAUGUUGAGGGGGACUUGGAGGACCUCAAGUCUUACCUGACAAUUGGAGGCAUGGACUUUUCAUGGAAAAGAAUCCAUCAGAGAAAAUACGCUUGGCCGCUUUUCAAAGCUGUCCUGUUUCACGUAUUCAAACCUUGGGCAGGCUACACAAUCGUCGUUAGUUAUGCCCUAGAGAUAUUUGACAAGAUGCAUCUCAACAAACUCAUUCAUCCAAGCACAGGGAACAUAAUCGCUCAGGCCUCCGACUUCGUAGCCCAGUUUGCAUCAACGUUCAUUGUCGGAAUAGUGAGCAGGCGUCUGCAAAUGGGCCUCAGCGCCCUUGUGAUGGCUGCGACCCACGGGCUCAACGGAAUUUACGUGUUCGCUGUUACGAAGGAUUUCGAGACUCACGGGAAAAUAAACGAUGCAUUCUUGAAGAAUCUGACGUACUGGUGGCCCUACACAGGCUUGAGCUUGUGGUUGGCUUGCUACAGCAUCGGUUUGGCUAAUGUUGUGCAUUUGGCGAUUGCAGAAAUGCUGCCUAGCAAGGUGUCAAAUUUUGGAGUAGCCUUGUGCUUCGUAGUUAUGACGUCGAACCAAUUCCUAGUGACGAACACAUUCUAUCUGAUCACAAAUACCGUGGGAUACUACGGGCUUUUAUGGAUCUUCGCUUCUUCUUGCACGUUUCUCGCCUUAUUCUCGUUCUUCAUGAUUGGAGAAACAGCUAACAAAACUUUGUUGGAACUCGAAUCGGAGCACAACAAACCAACCGCAAAAAAUUGA